CGUGACUUUGGCAUUUUGGUCGCGGAACGAUGGAUUUAGGCUCAUCCAAGUGUUAUGUGUAAUAUUAUACAUUAUUUCGGGUAGUGAACGUAUUAAAGACCGCUAAAAGUUUUUUCAAUUCAAUACUAAAUUUUUUUGUCAUAGUAAGAUGUCAAAAACCAAAUCAAAAGCGCAACAACUGAGCAAGAAUGAACAACGCAUUGAAUAUCGUAACUUCAGAGUAGUGUUUUUCUAUUGUAUACUCAUUAUUAUUUUGCCCGUUGCGACCUUCUUUGGAAGUAAGUACUUUUUGUUCGACGGGUUUCUACAGCUGACGCCAGUCACCAGUAAUAUAUAUUCGGCAAUAGCUGCCGUCAUUGCACUUCACAUCGCACUCGGUCUGUACAUCUACCGAGCCUACUUCGACAGCAGUUCUGCGCCAUCCGGUACUUCCGGAGGCUAUCAACGGCUUUCGUCACAAAAACAAGACUAG